AUGUAUAGAACCUCACCUCUCCUUACUUGUGAAGGAAGGUGUAUUUUGAAUAAUUGGAUGCGUAGACGUGUCCACCAUGUGGAGAGAGAACCCAUCCCUCUGCCCGGGCCUCAGACCUGGCACAGGUGUGCAGAACACAGCACCUGUGCUGCCUCUCAGAGGCUCUGCCCAGGUGGUCCUGUUUCCAGCCCUCAGAAUAAAGUCGAGGUGGGGGGGCUGUUCUUUGAGGACCUCCUGACCAAACGAGCAGGAGCUGCUAUGGCCUAUGGCAGACACUGGGGAUCCAAAACUUCAGGCUCCAGGCAGGCAGCUCAGCUGUUUUGGGGCUACUGCAGCACCAUGUGGACCUCAAAGCCUAAAAUAUUUACUUUCUGGCCCUUUACAGUCACAGCAUCGUCGGUUCCCACCGGAGGAAGUAAACCGACCGUCAGCGAGGGACCAAGUACAACGCCCAGUGAGAAGACCUCAACAGUGGCUCCAACCCUAACCCCGACAUCCCAAGAUCCAAGCCACAGUAACACAACGGUGUAUCCAACCCCAGGCAGCACUCGUGCCAGUGACUCAUACACACAAUCAGGCGGCCCUACACAGUCAAGAACCACCACCCCACCUAAGACUGGAACCACAGGCAGCCAGAAUUUAGUCACAGAUGCAAAUACUUCUGGAGACGGAAGUAGCCAGAACCUUACUGCAGCCUCCAUGACCACUGAUAAAACAGUUCAGACGACCCCUUUAUCUCCAAGUCAAGUUAGCACUUCAGAAAACACACCUGCUCCUACUUCUUUGACCAUCACGUCAAGCCCUCCCCCAUCAUCUGGGAGCCUUGCUAUUUUGAAGCCCUCAGAGUUUCCUAAAAAACAACCCACAGCUGCUGUAUUUCCAGGCUCAAGUCCUGUGACUAGUCCUGAUGUCACAGCUCAGGUGACACCUGUCACAGCUCAGGCGACACCUGCCACACCAAUCACAGCAUCGUCGGUUCCCACCCGAGGAAGUAAACCGACUGUCAGCGAGGGGCCCACCGUCAGCGAGGGGCCGACCAUCAGCGAGGGGCCGACGCUCAUCAAGGGGCCGACCCUCAGCGAGGGGCCAGCCCUCACUGGGACCUCUGCCUCCGUGGCACCACAGCCGGCAGGCCCCUCCCCGGGCCCCAAAGCCACGCAGCCCGUCCCAGGAACACACAGCUCCAGCCCAAAGCUGCCAGCUCCGACCGCCCCUCAAGGGUCUAACACCUCUUCGCACACCUUAGCUGUUGGGAGUAACAGGGUAACGUGCGAGGCCCCCCAAAAUCCCGAUGGGAACAUGCUCAUCCUGAACUUCACCAAGGCCAUCCCCUGCGUGACGAAUCCUCUGGUUGAAAAAUUGGUCACUGUUCUAUGCAAAGCAGCAAAAACCUCCUUCAUCCCAGCUCGAGAUGAGUGCCACGUACUGCUGGUACCUGUUCCAGGAGACCAGGCCGUGGCGGUCAAGGAGAUCUCCAUCCAGACAAGACUCCAUUCCAACGACACCUAUGAGUUGUUGAAGGACAAAUGGGACGACUUAAAAGAGGUGGGGGUUAGUCACAUGCAGCUUGGGGACCACGGGCCCCCGGAGGAGGCCGAGGACCGGUUCAGCAUGCCUCUCAUCAUCACCAUUGUUUGCAUGGCUUCCUUCCUGCUCCUCGUCGCUGCCCUCUACGGCUGCUGCCACCAGCGCCUCUCCCACAGGAAGGAUCAGCAACGCCUGACAGAGGAGCUGCAGACCGUGGAGAACGGCUACCAUGACAACCCAACGCUGGAAGUGAUGGAGACCUCAUCAGAGAUGCAGGAGAAGAAGGUGGUCAGCCUCAAUGGGGAGCUGGGGGACAGCUGGAUCGUUCCUCUGGACAACCUGACCAAGGAUGACCUGGAUGAGGAGGAAGACACACACCUCUAAUCAGGUCUGUUGGCUGCCUCUGAUGGCGCCACAGAGCUCCUGACUUACCACCUAAAGUGCCAUUUGGACCGGGGAGGAAGAGUCCUUCCCAUUGGAGGAGGAAAAGACUGAGGAGGGAGGGUGGACUCUGAAGGCUCCCUCCUCCCAAACCCCACAGGGCCUUAAUUUUUCCCUUUUCAAGCUGAACAAAUCACAUUCUGUCUAGAUUCCUCUUGCAAAAUAACCCACUAGUGCUUGAGCUCAGUGCUGCUGGAAGAUGAGAAGGGAGAUCCAUAAAGAGCCACAUGAGGGGCUGUAUAGAUCAUCUAGUAGAGUCCCUUCAUUUAGAUGAGAUUACUG